UAAGAUGAAGCAGAGUUAUUCAUCUCAAGACAUAUAUUUCAAUUCAAUUUUAUUUAUUAGAAAUAAACCGUCACAGAUAUUUAAGCCUUCUAAACAAAAGUAGAUGAGGGAUUUGUUUUGGUGCAAUAGCUAUAAGAAGAAGCAGCCAGUUGGCUUUAAUAAUAUUAAACACCAAUGUUUGUGUGAUAAUGGUAUGAUUAAUGUAGGGGGAGUUGAAGAGGAGAGAUGUAGUGAGUUAUGUCAGAAGAUGUAAGUCCUGAAAGAUUCAUAAGGUGGAACACAGGAAUCAUUGGGGACAGGUAACAGCAUCUCUCAUCAUCAUAUCCAGCCUGAGCCUGGCCAUUUGCAAAAUGGGUGAUAGCUUGACUGUGCCCUUUGAACAAGUCCUGGUUAGUGAAGUUGUAGAAAUAGAUAUUCCCAAUGGAGCACAAACCAUAUAUAGUACUAGGAGAGGCACCAGAGUCAGACAGUGAGGAAGAGGUCAAUGUAUCAGUUUUCAAAGGCUCACAAAUAAAGCAUUUGGCUCCACAUAAUCCACAGGGAGUUACAGUAGCAGGGGAGGCUCCAGAAUCAGAUGAAGAAAAUGAAGAAGAUGCUGGAAGUGUGAGCAGUGCUACCAGUGUAUCUUCUCUAGCAUCUUUAACGCUGGGAAUCAAAAGAAACAAAGCAUCUGCUGAAAAUAAAAAACCUGAUGAUGCAAAGUACAAUACGUUAUUGCAUAAAAGACUUCGUGAACGCAACAUGUCUCUGCAUAAGAAUGUGUAUGAUAUCACGCACCAGACUAUCAUUACAGCGGGUCGGAACCUUAAUACUAUGAACCAGCAGCUGCUUCAUUCACAGUGUCAGCUGCAAGAAGCAGAGACAGCUGUCAGAGUGGUGCAGACACACCUAAUGCAACUCCAGAUGAAGCUGGCUGCCGUAACAUCCGCAGAUUUCAUUCCUUACAUUAAAACUCCAGCAACACACGCCAAUGUACCAGAAUUCAAAUUGAGCUGAUCCUGUUUGUUUCUGCAAGAUGACUCCAUUUUUGAGUAGGCUGGUUUCCUGACAUUUCAGAUAAUCUGAAUGUUUCUCUUUUUCAGGGUGAAGUGGUUAACCCUUUGAAGCUUUAAAUUAAUGUAAAUAAUGUUAAAAAUUCAGUUUGUACCUCAAAGAAAACAUAACCCCAUUACAAGGAUCAUUUGGUUAAUGUUUCUGGAAAUAAUCAGUAUUUAUUCUGGGAAUAUGAAAGCCAUAAUGAUUGUUAAAACAUGUGGUACAUAUAGGUGCCACUGCUAUCAGGGUUAAACAGUCUAAACCAGUUAUUAAAGGUGACAUGUAUAUGUGCAUUUUUAAAAUUUGUUAAAAUUUGAACAUCAGAUAACAUUAUGCAUCUGUCCUGCAACCUUCCUUCAGAAGAAAAUUUAGAAAACCGACCCUGAAAAAGAAACCCAUGUCUCAGUGUGCUUCCCUACUAAAGCAGAAAUUCAAGAAUCAUUGCCAGACCAUUGUUUGGCCACCUCAGUGUGAAGAUGAAAACCGCCAGAAACACACCUUAAAAAAAAUGCAGCGAAAACGGAGCAUCAUCACACAACUUUGAAAACAGGAUUAUGAGGUUUAUCAUAAAGAUAAAGAAGAUAUUUCUCAUGAGGAAGACUAUAUAUUAUAUUCUUACAUACAAUCAACAGACAUUAUCACUGAAAUAUAUUUCAGUUUCAGAAAGAAAUGUAUAUACAUACAUCUAUGUAUAGAUUAACAGCAACAUAAUAAAUACAAUUAUAAUAUAAUGAGA